AUGUCGGACCUGCAGGCCUUUAAGGCCGAAGGUUCGGAGGACUUGACGAAGAACUUCACCAACGACUCCGCCAUGAUGAUCGCCUACGAGCGGUGCUUGGAAACGUCCAAGCCGGCGGAGGAGCGUCUGGUCAUGGAUCCUUUCGCCCAUGUGUUGGCGGGGCCCAAGGGAAAGAUGUUGUCGGACCAGUUUGAGGUGGGAUGUGGACAGUUUGGAUUGGAUGGAUGGCCAGAGUUUCACAAGACUUGGACUGCUGUGCGGACUCAUUUCAUUGACGAGCAGAUUGCCAGAUGUGGUCAGAUUGCACAGAUGGUGAAUCUGGGCGCUGGCCUGGAUACGCGGGCAUACCGUUCAGAGACCUUCCGUGGCUUCUCGAAGUGCUUCGAGGUUGACAUGGAGAUCGUGAACGAGGAAAAGCGCCGUAUCUUUGACCAAGUUCUCGGGAAUCCCCUUCCCAUGUGUCCAGUCUCUAUAAUUGAUCUGGAUUUUCUAGCCGAUCACAAGAACUUGCGCCAUGAAUUGUCUGCUGCAGGUUUUCAGACUGAAGAGCCCUGUCUCUUUGUAGCUGAAGGGCUCAUCAUGUACUUGGGCCCAGCAGGAAAGCUGAAGCUCAUUCGCGAUAUCUCGGCUUGUGCGGCUCCUGGUUCUGUUUGGGUCCUUCAGUUCAUGGAUCCCUCAGAUAGUCCUUGGGCGAACAGCGAACAGGCCAAGUUUGCGCUCACCAGAGAAGAAGCCGAAGAGGCUCUGACACAAGGUGGUUGGAAAGACUUGCAAUUCUUGAAAUUCGGUGAUGAAGGCCUAAAUUUUGGUCGAUUCCCGCUGGAUCAGUUCCGGCCGUGUGCCGCCUUCUCUUUCGUUGUGGCCGUGAAAAGCUAG